CGGACGAUGCGAAAGGUGCUAAAACAUGUUACUAAAAAAACAAUUUCCUUUAAUAAGACGAGAUUCGACAAAUUCAAAUCUGUGUUGUGACUCAACUUGUCGUCUAUAAAAUAAGCUAAUAAGAGACUAAUGAGUUGGUCUUGGUUAUACUAAUAAUAAGUAACUUCUUUUAUUCAUCGGUAAGAACCAUCCGAAUUUAUUUUAGGUACCUGUUUUGAAGAAUACCUGGAAUAGCAACAAAACGUUUGUCGAGUACAAUCCGGCCUUAUCAUGUCACCCUUCAACUUAGAAACCUGUGCAAGGCCCAAUAUUCUAGCAUUGGAACCGUACCGCUGUGCACGAGACGACUACAAGGACGAUGGCACAAAUGUUCUUCUUGACGCCAACGAGAACGCCAUUGGACCGUCAUUAGCACCGGAAGCCGUCUCGGCUUUGUCCAAGGGCUCCGGGCCUGAUAUAGACUUCUUGGGACUGCACAGGUAUCCCGACCCGCACCAACGGGACCUCAAGCAGCUGCUCUGCAACCUGCGGAACACUCACCACCACACAGACAAAACCAUCACGCCUGACAACUUGUUCGUAGGCGUUGGUAGCGACGAAGCUAUCGACAUAUUGCUGAGAUGUUUCUGCGUGCCUGGUCGCGACCGCAUCUUGGUAUGUCCUCCGACCUACGGCAUGUACUCGGUGUCAGCACAGGUCAACGAUGUCGGCCUAGUCAAGGUCCCUCUAUUACCGGCGCCGACGUUUGGGCUCGACGUGGCCAAAAUAAUAGAAGCGCUGUCCACGGAGCAGAACAUUAAACUCGUUUAUCUGUGCUCCCCAGGAAACCCGACCGGCUCGCUGCUAGCCAAGGAAGACGUAAAGCAGAUUUUAGAGCACCCGACGUGGAACGGCGUGGUAGUCCUUGACGAAGCAUAUGUCGACUUUGCGCCUGAAGGGAGCUCGUUGGCGGAAUGGGUUGCCGAGUGGCCGAACCUGGUCGUCAUGCAAACUCUUUCCAAGGCGUUUGGCAUGGCGGGCAUCCGACUUGGCGUGGCAUUCGCCGCGGCGCCCGUCGCACGGCUACUCAACAACAUCAAAGCGCCGUACAACAUUUCCAGCCCUACCAGCGCGCUGGCGUCGUACGUCGCUUCAGGCGAGGGCCUGGCGACGAUGCGCGCGCACAGGGAGAAGCUCGUGCAGCAGCGGGAGAGGCUGCUCCGGGAGUUGCCCAAGAUCAAGGGCGUGGGGAGGCUGCGCGGCGGGACGAGCAGCAACUUCCUGCUAUUCGAGAUGCUGAACGCGGAGGGCAAGCCGGACAACGCCACGGCGCUGGCGGUGUACGAGACGUUGGCGGAGAACAAGGGCGUUGUCGUGCGGUUCAGGGGUAAGGAGCACGGGUGUCUGGGGUGUUUGCGGAUCACGGUCGGGACGGAGGACGAGGUCAGUAGGUUCUUGAAGGCUAUAGAGCAGGCGCUUGCCGAGGUCAACGGGCACAAUACGACGGUACCGGUUGACGAGGUAAAGAGAGAGACAGAGGCGAAUGGUGUUGUUGCAUAAACGGGUUAGGUGGUUAAGACAAAAAGGCCUACAUAGAUGAAAUGGAACUUAUCCACUUGGAAGAUGGAAUAAUGUUGCAUUUAAAAUAGACAAGCUCUUAAAAUUAUAACAAAACAAAACAAAGAAAUAGUAUACUAAGUA